AACAAGCCCCGCUAGGUUUCGAGGACCCGGAUGAUCCCGCCCCCAGAGGAGAGCCGGAAGAGGGCGGGGCGAACCGGAAGACGGUGAAAUGCUUUCGGUAGGCGCUCCAUGGCUGUGAAGAUGGCGGCGGCUGCGUGGCUGCAGGUGCUGCCUGUCAUUCUUCUUCUUUUGGGGGCUCAGCCGUCCCCAUUGUCGCUCCUUGGUGUAGGACCGGCACCUGUCGCUGCUGCUGACCGAUCCAAGUGGCACAUUCCGAUACCGUCGGGGAAAAAUUAUUUUAGUUUUGGAAAGAUCCUGUUCAAAAAUACCACUAUCUUCCUGAAAUUUGAUGGAGAACCUUGUGAGGUAUCUUUGAAUAUAACCUGGUAUCUGAAAAGUGCUGAUUGUUACAAUGAAAUCUACAACUUCAAGGCAGAAGAAGUGGAGACAUAUUUGGAAAACCUUAAGGAAAAAAAAGGCUUGUCUGGGAAAUACCAGACAUCAUCAAAAUUGUUUCAGAACUGCAGUGAGCUCUUUAAAACACAGAGCUUUUCUGGGGAUUUUGUACAUCGAUUGCCUCUCUUAGGAGAAAAACAAGAGGCUAAGGAGAAUGGAACAAACCUUACUCUUACUGGAGACAAAACUGCAAUGCACGAUCCACUGAAAACUUGGCAAGAUGCACCAUACAUUUUUAUUGUACAUGUUGGCAUUUCAUCCUCAAAGGAAUCCUCAAAAGAAACUUCACUUAAUAGUCUUUUUACCAUGACUGUUGAAGUGAAGGGUCCGUAUGAAUAUCUCACGCUUGAAGAAUAUCCAUUGAUGAUUUUUUUCAUGGUGAUGUGCAUCGUAUAUGUCCUAUUUGGUGUUCUGUGGCUGGCAUGGUCUGCCUGCUAUUGGAGAGAUCUCCUGAGAAUUCAGUUUUGGAUUGGUGCUGUCAUCUUCUUGGGAAUGCUUGAGAAAGCUGUCUUCUAUGCAGAAUUUCAGAAUAUUCGAUACAAAGGAGAAUCAGUUCAGGGUGCUCUGAUCCUUGCAGAGCUGCUAUCAGCAGUUAAACGCUCACUGGCUCGAACCCUGGUCAUCAUAGUCAGCCUCGGAUAUGGCAUAGUCAAGCCUCGACUUGGAGUCACUCUUCACAAAGUUGUAGUAGCAGGAGCCCUCUAUCUUUUGUUCUCUGGAAUGGAAGGGGUCCUCAGAGUUACUGGGUCUUUUUCUUAUCCCUUGGCUCUGAUAGGAAACCUGGCCCUCUCAUCAGUUGAUGCCUGUAUUAUUUUAUGGAUAUUUAUUAGCCUGACUCAAACAAUGAAGCUGUUAAAACUUCGGAGGAACAUUGUAAAACUCUCUUUGUACCGACAUUUUACCAACACACUUAUCUUGGCAGUGGCAGCAUCUAUUGUGUUUAUCAUCUGGACAACCAUGAAGUUCAGGAUAGUGACUUGUCAGUCGGAUUGGCGGGAGCUGUGGGUGGAUGAUGCCAUCUGGCGGUUGCUGUUCUCCAUGAUCCUAUUUGUCAUCAUGGUUCUCUGGCGACCAUCUGCAAACAACCAGAGGUUUGCCUUUUCACCAUUGUCUGAGGAAGAGGAAGAAGAUGAACAAAAAGAACCUAUGCUAAAAGAAAGCUUUGAAGGAAUGAAAAUGAGAAGUACCAAACAAGAACCAAAUGGAAAUAGUAAAGUAAACAAAGCACAGGAAGAUGAUUUGAAAUGGGUAGAAGAGAAUGUUCCUUCUUCUGUGACAGAUGUAGCACUUCCAGCCCUUCUGGAUUCAGAUGAGGAACGAAUGAUCACACACUUUGAAAGGUCCAAAAUGGAGUAAAGAAUGGGAAGAUGUGCAGUUGAAGAUGGGUAGUAACUCGGAAGAGAUCAGCUUCUGUGUCAAUCUUCUACACUCCUCCAUGGAAUUAAAGGAGGCAGUGAAACCUGAUCUAUUCCUUGACCUUUGUGCAUUGGAGCUGGUGAGAGGUGUCAGAACAAGGAGAACAUCUUACUGAAAACAAGUUCAUAGGACAAGAAAAAUCUACAAGUUUUUAUUUACAACAUUGAUGCCCCUUUCCCUCCCACACCCUGACAUGGAUGUUUAUGCAACUUAUGUGUGUUGUUCCUGAACCUUCUAUAACGUUUAAAUUGUUUAAUCUAUCAAACUAAAAAGUUUAACAUCUUCUAAAGAACUAUGACAUCAACGCCAUAAUAUGUAAUCUCCAGGAGCAACUGCCUAUAAUUUUUAUUUAUUUAGAGAGUUACAUAGGUGAUGGGGGAAAUUAUCAAUUACCUUUCCAUUUCCUGAGAAGCCAAGGUUACAUCUUACAGAGGUAAUUUUGAGAAAAAAAGAGUCCUGAGCUAAGGAGCCAUGGUUCUAUGGAUGAUUUAAAACAAAAACAAAAGAGUAUGUAAGAGAGAAGCAAACUGUUACAGUAUGAUUCAGAUCAUUUAAAAAAAAAUCAAGUGCAAUUUUGUUUACAAAUGGUGUAUAUUAAAGAUUUUUCUAUCUCAGAUGUACUUUAGAGAGAAAUAUUAGCUUAACUCUUGACAUCUGCUGUUGUGACACAUCCCAUUGCUGGCAAUGUGGUGCACACUCCAGAACUUUUAACUACUGUUUUGUAAGCCUCCAAGGGCGGUGGCAUUGCGGAGUCCUAGGCAGUGCUUUGUUUGCCUUCAUGCCAUUCACUGGGUGUUGCACUAGAUGCAGAGAGGCACUCCGUCUAAGUGCUUGUGAAUGAGUGCCCUGCUAAAGGAACUGUAAUGCUUAGGAAGCAGGAGCUAAUACAAAGGAUACAGGUCCUUCUGGCUUAAUUGAAACAGUUUUUCCUGCAUGAAGUAGCGUGGAGGCCCUGGACUGCUGCUCAUUCUUUAGGAUCGACUGUUCUUAUACCUGGUGUUGGUUUAGAGACUGUUUAUAAGAGACAUCACAAGGUGAUGGGAUUCAUUUGAAGCACUAUAUUUGUUUUAAUGGUUUUGUCCAAUUUCGCCUUCCCAAGAUUUUUGUUUUACGUAGAAAGUUCAUGCCACUUUUUAAUAUAAAAAAUUUUAACAAAAUUAA